AUGGUUUUGUUGCAACAGGUCGGUUGCACGCCGCUGCACACGGCAUCGCAGAAUGGACACAAGGACGUGGUUGAGCUGUUGCUGGCCAAGGGUGCGGAUAUAAAUGUGAAAAACAACGAUUCGUUGCAACAGUUUGGUCGGACGUCGCUGUAUGUGGCAUCGGAGAAUGGACACAAGGACGUGGUUGAGCUAUUGCUGGCCAAGGGAGCGGAUAUCCAUGUCCAAAAAGAA